AUGGCUCCAACACAAUUACAAAUCAAAGUGAAUGCUUUGAAGAGACUCAUCAAAGAGAAGAACUUGUACCAACAAGAAGUCACCGAACAAGAGCAAUAUGUCAAUCGAAUGAAGACAAAUAAUGCUGACGAAUAUGAAUUAAAGAAACAAGUUGAAGUGCUUGAAGAAAGUCAACGAAUGGUUCCACAAGUUUCAACGAGAAUCGAGCAAUUAAAGAAAUCAUUGCAGGAGUAUUUGGAUAGCUAUACGGGAGAUGAAGAUUUGACUGAAGCUAAGGAUUUGCUUAAUUAA